UCUGCUCGGCUCGGCCAUGGCGGCGUUCCGGGACAUGGAGGACGUGAGCCAAGGGCUGCUGAGCCUCUUGGCCGCCAACCGCGCCGAGGUGCAGCAUCGGCGGCUGCUAGCGCUGCAGGAACGCAUGGUGGAGCGGCUGCUGCGGACCCAGGACGAGGCGGAGCGGCGGCUGCUGGAGAUCGCGGCUGCGGAGGAAGACGUGGCCAAGAACGUGCUGGUGGCUCAGUCCCAGGCCCAAGCGGGCCGGGCAGAGCUGAAGCGGCUGCAGACCGAGAUGGAGCGGGCCUCGCAGGAGGACACACAGUUCCAGAACCGCAUGAUAUAUCUCUUGAAGGAGCUUGAUGAACUGAAGGCGGAGGAGGCAGAGAUGGCCAGGCGCGAGAAGGAGAUGGAGGAAGACAGCACCGUCACCCUCCCAGUGGCCGUGCAUGUAGCGCAGCUCUACAACCACAUCAGCAAAAUCGAGUGGGACUACGAGGCUGAACCGAACCAGAUCAGAGGCAUCCACCACGGCCCUGAUGUGGCCCAGCCCAUCGAGCUGGACGCCCUUGAGCUGUCCGGCAAGUUCGUCAGCGACUAUCUCUGGGGCCUGCUGAACACCGAGUGGUAGUUGGUUCUUGCGGGCGAGACCCAACUCCUGCUUC